AUGCUCCUUGCGCUAUUAGCAUCGUGGCUUGUAGCCUGCCACAGAAGCAUACGGUGCAGGACAGGGGUGCGGGCGCAAUGGGUCGAGCGGCUUUCGCCGAUUGCCUUGCUGCUGCUGCUGUGCUCAGUGCCAGCCGACGCGCAUCUCAAUGCAGUCUGCACCAGCACCUCAGAGAGCGAGCCUGGAAAAGCCACUGUAUAUCUCACCACUUACCACUCCGAAACUGCCUCCAGCGGCUCGCUCUAUGUCUAUCGAAGCACGUCCGAUAGCGACCCGCUAGUCGUGCCCUUUAAUGAUGCCUGCUCGCCGACCGUCGAUUACCCCAACAGCAUUCAAGACGGUAUCAAGAGUGCGCUGGAUUGCUCGGUCCCGUCCAAUGCAGCAGUCAAGUGCUACGCCAGACCGGAGGCGACCGGGGGUUUCCAAACAGGCGAUGGCACCAGCCUGGUGAGCGCGUACAAUACGCUGGAGACGAUCGAUCCGCGGCACCCAUGGCCCGGCGACGGGAACGCCAGCCCAGCGUACGAAUACAGUUACAACCAGGUGCGGCGCGCAUUCACCGCCGAAGUGACGGGCGUUAGUACUGGCAACUUCAUCGUGAAGGUCGCCGACGCGGACUAUAUAUCAGAUCCUUGCCACAACACCGAUGCCUCGUGGACCGGGCACCCUUGCAAGGCAUCCGCUCCAGCAUACUUCUCCCUGCCAAUUUCUGUGGCCAGCACUGGUGCUGCCUGUCACGGCGACAUUGCGACCGCCUUGGGGGGGCAGGCCGGAUCGGUCGACGCAUCCUCGUAUGCUGGAUGCAGCGGCUUGGGCGAUGGGAUGACGUGUGAUGCGACGUGCAUGCCUUCGUGCACGCAGAGCGGCUCGAUCUGGUGUAACAAUGGCAACUGGACCUCUUCCCUUGCUUGCGCCUGCGCUCUGGACGCCGUCGACGGCCUCAGCGACCUCAGCAACCGAACAAACGUCAGCUUGUCCGAGCUGGAGGAGAUCAUGAACGGAGUGAGCGACGUGCUGUCCGAAAUGAGCGGGCUCCUCAAACCGGAGGAGGGGCAGCCGACGGACAGCUCCAGGGUAGAGGCCGGGCAAGUGCUCCAGCACGCCAUUAGCAGCGUGGUCGGUGCGGCCGUCGCCCUCGCCGCCUCGCUCGCCGCUGGCGGAGACAACGCAACCUCGGUGGAGAUCACGACCGGCUCGCUCAAUGUCUCUGUGCAGUCGGUCGAGCCGCAGCCAGGCGAGCCCGUGAGCUUUGGUGGCGGGGGCGCUUUGGCGGACACGGCUCUGCAGAUCGAGGGACUCGACGCCGGCCUCAUCGUGACAAUUUCAGCAUACACGACGACUGCCGAGGUGGUCGGCGGCAGCGUGAACGCGUCCUCUUCCUUUGCAGGGAAAACGGUCUCCUUCUCCGUCUCAGUCAGCAGGGAGGGGCGACGACUGAGCGAAGCGACGAACAUGACUACGCUAAUCAGACUGCCAUACAACGACGACGAACGGACCGCAACGGCUGCCUCGACCAUCCGGCGCACUGACCUGCAACAAGAGGGGCACGUCAAACCGGACCGGGGCAACGCGCUGUGUGAGCCCUGUCCGGCCGGGUCCUACGAGCCCGACACGGGCGGCACCGUCUGCCGGACCUGCGCGCACGGAGAGUUCCAGGCGCUGGCGGGCCAGGCGCAGUGCGAGCUGUGCGACCCACAGACGACUUCCGCCGCGCCCUUCGCCUCGUGCGACGAGUGCGACCGCGACACCUUCCGUUACGACGAGGUGGCGGCGAGCACUGCCACGUGCAAACCGUGCCCUCUCCUCGCGGCCUGCCCACUCAACCACACCACGCUCUCGACGCUCGUGCUCGACGAGGGCACCUGGCGCCUCACCAACCAGUCGCGUGCCAUCGAGCGGUGUGCGACUGCGGGCUCGACCGGCGCCUGCGUCGGCGGCGCUGAUGCGGGAAACGACGGGGACGGUUACUGCCGCGGCGGUCACUCGGGCUAUCGCUGUGGGGUGUGCGCAGGCGAGGGGCAGUACUUUGACAAGGGUGCAGGCCGAUGCGAGGAAUGCGACUUCGCAGCGAGCUACACGCUGAUUGCCUUUGUCUUGUUGACGCCCCUCGCCGUCGUCGUGUGCUUGCGGCGCGUGGAGCGGCGUGGCGCGCCGGCUGCAGUAGUGCGGACAAUCAAGAGAUUGCGUGUCUUCUCCAAGCGGUCGGCGCUACCUGCAAAGGUGCGGCUGGCGGUUGGCUUUGCGCAGAUUGGCGCCGCUGCGUCCGACUUCUCGAUCUCGAUCCCGGACGUGCUCCGCCCAUUGCUGCUCUCGCUGCGCGUGCUGCGGCUUGACCUGUGGGGGCCGGCCUUCAUUCCACACGCCUGCCUUGGAGGCUACAUGACCUACAUGCUGGUGACCGCCACCUUCCCGGUGGCGCUCAUGCUCGUUGCCGUCGCCGUCCGCCUGGCACGCCGCUGCUACCGUGCUCGCCGACACGCCGACGCCGAGGGUCGGGCCGCCCUCAUGACGCUCAGGGACGCCGCUCCGUGGUGUCUCGGCAUUGUCACCCUGUUCAGCCCAACCGUUUCGUCUGCCGCCUUUGGCGCCUUUCACUGCCGGCGUGUUGUCGCCGACUCGAGCCCGCUCGAGUACCGCUCCUUUCUCUGGGACAGCCCGGGCGUCCUCUGCAGCUCGGGUGAGUGGGAGACGCUUCGUAUCGCAGCCGUCGUCAUCCUGAUCGUCUGGGCGGCGGUGCCUCUCGCCAUCCUCGCGCUGAUCCUGUACAAGGUGCGGCCUGCUGUGCUUAAGCACACGCCGAGCCACAUCUCGACCGCCUCCCGCGUCGCAUGGGAGGACUUCGAGCCGCCCGACAUUUGGUGGGCGUGGAUGGACCUCUUCCGCCGGCUAGCGCUCGGAGGCGGCCUGCUCCUCGUGCCCGAGGAGUUCGCCUUUCUCCGGCUCGUCAUCGGGCUGCUCUUUGCGCUGGCGGCACUCUUCAUGCAAGUGCUCUUGCGACCCUAUCGCAACAAGCAGGUCGAGGCGCUCGCCGCCGCUGUCCAGACCGCGAUAUGUGUCCUAUUCCUCGGCUACUCGUACAUCUACGUCUUUGAGCGCUUCGAGGCGCUGCCUGUCGAGCGCGGCGUCGUGGUUUGGGUGAUGACGUUCGCCUCGCCUGAUGCCGUUGCGACCGCGAUGGUGGUCGUCGUCGCCGUGCUCGCCACCCUCGCGCUCGGUGUCACGAUCCGCGAUGCUCUCGCGGCGACGAGCGCCUCCGUCUUCCUGUUGUGCGAGACGCGGCGGCCGCCCGAGCUGUCGAUGCACGGCGGACAGCGCUUUCACCUGUUCCUCUCGCACACGUGGAACACCGGGCAGGACCAGUGCGCCGCCAUCAAGCGGCAGCUUCAGCUACACCUGCCCGGCAUCAAGGUAUUCCUGGACGUCGACGAUCUGCGCGACAUUGGCGCACUCGAGGAGCACGUCGAGGAGUCGAUGGCGGUCGUCGUCUUCCUGAGCCGGGGGUACUUUGCCUCGCGCAACUGCCUUCGUGAGGUGGAGGCGAUAACCUCACAGCGCAAGCCGGUGAUCCUCGUCCUCGAGGCGGACGAGGCCAAGGGCGGCCUGACGCUCGAGCAAGCCAUGCUCGAGUGCCCCGAAAAAUACCGCGACUACCUCUUCAAGCACUCCGACGGCCAGCCGAGGCUGCCGUACCGAUGGCACCGGGUCCGGGAGUUCCAGAUGCGCUCGCUAUGCCUCAUCGCGAGCGAGAUGCUCGGCGUCAGCCCCAGCUACGCGCGGUACUGCAAGCGGCGACCGGACGGGCGGACCGCGGCCGUCGAGGAGGCUGCUGCGCCCGGGGCUUCCGAGGGCCAGCCCUCGCCGCGCGCAUUGCUAUCCAAGCCACGCCUCGAGCUCUGCCUCGCCUCGGACGUCGCAUUUGAAGAGAUUGGCUACUUUGGCCGGCCGCCCGAGCUCUACGCCUCGCCGCACAACCCCGGCGCGGAACGCAUGGCCAAGGAGCUCAUCGCCGCCUUUGAAGCCAGCGAGAGGCCUCGGCUGCGGAUGGCGCCUUUGCUCGUCCGCGAUGGCGGGGACGACGACGACGACGGCUCGGCGGACGCGCAACGAAUCGUGCGCCCCCCCGACUUCAUGGUGCUCUACCUCAACGGCGAGACGUGGCUUGGCGAGAGCGGCGCCUCGCUCGCACGGGAGGUGGCUGCCGCAAACAAGGCAGGGCUGCGCAUCGUGCUCCUCCACGAGAACGACGAACUGCGGGGCGGCUGCCCGUUUGCGCGAUCAAUUGGUUUCAUCCGACGGAUGAGAGAGAAGAAUCUGGUGCGAUCUCCACGUGGUGGGGGGGGGUAG